AUGGCUAACUCUCAGCAUGGUUUUAGGAAAAAAAGAUCCUACUUAACAAAUCUCCUGACAUUUCUUAACAAAAUCACUGAAUAUCAAGAUCAAGGCUACCCUGUUGAUGUUGUAUACUUGGACUUCAGUAAAGCUUUUGAUAAAGUUUCCCAUAAGAGACUGCCUAAAAAACUCUUAGCACACGGAAUUGGAGAAAAUGUUACAAACUGGAUUGACUCCUGGUUAUCUGGAAGAGAACAGAGGGUAGUUAUUUCUGGUACAGAAUCAACUUGGUUACCAGUGCUUAAUGAGGACGUAAUCAGUCAUGUUCUCAAAUUUGCAGAUGACACAAAGUUAUUUUCCAAAGUGAAAAACAGAAGUGAUAGAGAUCAACUACAAAAUGGUCUUAAAACUAUGUUUAAUUGGUCAAAAGACUGGUGUAUGCUUUUGAAUUUUAAUAAAUGUAAAUGUCUACACAUUGGUUGGAACAAUCAACACCAUGAGUACUAUAUUGAUAACCACCAAAUUGAAGCUGUAGAAGUAGAAAAAGACCUUGGUGUGUAUGUUGAUGCAACUAUGAGUUUUAGUAAGCAAUGUACAAAAGCUGUGUCAAAAGCAAACAGAACCUUGGGCGUCAUUAAAUGA